AUGGCAUUCAUCAGAGCUUGUGUGAGACAGUUACAGGCUCCUGUAGCGGGUGCAUUAAGAAGCAGAACCCCAAGACUCAUGUCUUCUCCAAUAAUUAGAUAUAAUUCAUCAAGCACUAAGACUUCUGAAAAAAAUGAUUUCAGUUUAGCUGCUCAAGUUUUUCCAUUGAAUAAAGAAAGCAUUACCGAGGGUGAUGUUGACGAAUGGUUAAAUGCUGUUCAACAAUUAAAAGGAGGCAAGAGUCAUGUUGAAUCCGAAACCGAAGUUUACAUCUCACAAUUGGCUCACCCAGAGCCAUUUUUGGAAGAAAAGUUUGAACCAACCGAAGAGCAACUUGCUGAAGUUGAGGCAUUUGCGAACAAAAGGAUCCCGCUUCCCUCCAAUCCUACCAUCGACAAUUUCACAAACCUUAUUAUGAGAGACGGUAAAAAAUCAAAAGCACAAAAAAUCUUAUCCAGAGCAUUAUAUAUUGUCUACUUGAAGACCAGAAAAGAUCCUUUAGUGAUAUUGGAAGAAACAUUAGAUAAAAUGGCGCCAUUAAUGGCUACCAAGGUUCAAAAAACUGGUGCAGCCAAGAAUAGAACCGUCCCAUACCCAUUAAAGAAAAGACAAAGAAAUAGAUAUCCAAUCACCUGGAUCUUGGAAGGUGCUUCAAAGAAGAAGUCCCCAGACUAUUCAGUUAGGUUAUCUGAAGAAAUCAUUUCUGCUUACGAAGGUAAAUCAUCUGGUUAUGAUAGAAAAGCCCAAAUGCACAAAUCUGCUAUGGCCCAUAGAGCUUAUAUUAGAUUAUGA